CCACAAAUUCACCAUCAGAUGACAUUAAUUAUCUUAAUGAAAACAUCAUAUUUGAAGAAGCUAAAGCUACUGUUGACAAUGUGAAAAUUAGUAUAAAUAAUAUUACUAAAAAAAAGAUCUCUAUUAAAAAUCUAUUAAAUACUGAAAGAGUUUUAGGAAAAGUAAAAAGUAAUAUUUAUCUUUAUUACUUAAAUACUUCUAAUAUUUAUAAUAAUGCAGAAUUAAUGGCUUCUUUGCUAGAUUCUCAUUAUAAAGAGUUAGAUUUUAAGCUUCAUGAUAAGUUUAAUGAGUCAAACCCCAAUAAUUCACCAUUAGCAGCAAAGCAAUUAGAUCUAACUAUACCUUUAUCAAAUGCAGAUGCCGAAUCUUCAAUGUAUUCACAAAAAGAAUAUUGUUAA